AUGUCACAUAACGUUGAUAUAGAUGAAGCUGAUGUUGCUGUGUUGAACCAGAAUUUAGGAAAGUCUAAAGAAUUGUUCAGUGCUUUAUCGCAAUCGCUAAAUAAUAUAUCGAAGAAGUCCGCUACGGCAUCUACCAAGAUCAAGCCGGUAUUGAGAGACGUUAACAAAUUGAACAACAAUAAGCAGCAGAUCGAUAAAGGGUUAGAGUUAUUGAAGGAUGUUAGUAAUUAUGCGUCUAAGGCUUCACAAUAUGAAUCCGUAUUGAACAAUUCGAUUGAUUUAAUUGGAUUGAAGAAAUUUUUAGAUACUUUAAUUAAAUCACAGAAAUUAUUAAAGGAGAUGAAAGUCAAUAUUAAGAACUUCACUGGGAUAUUGAUAAAUUUUGAAAAUUCUAUUGAUAAAUCACAAGGGACCUUGAUUAGUUACUUCAAGAAGAGUAUUAAUAAGUUAAAUUUACUUAAUAAUGGUAGUUUGAAAACCAAUCAAGAUAUUUAUUUAAUUAUCAAUUAUUUCUAUAAUCGAUCAAAUAGUGAAAAGCAACAAAUCAAUGAGGUAUUUGUUAAGGCGUUACUGAAACAAAUUUCUAGUUUAUUACUGCAACACGCCGCUAAAUGUACUCCUUUGAAGAGAUCUCCGGGAGUACCAUAUGAAAGAGGAAGUAAUGGAAUUAAUUUAUAUAUAAAGGAGACCAAUCAAGUGAUUGAUACAAUUGUAACAUUAUUGAAUGAUAUGGUGAGUAAUUUAUCUAAUUUUGAUGAGAUACUGAAGGAUAGAUUAUUACAAGAAAUUUUGGGAGGAUUAGUAAAUGAAGAAAUGAGUAAGAUAGUUGAUAAUUAUGGAAGUCUAAUGAGUAAUCUAAUUGAUAAUGAUGUAUUAGUAUUAGAGGUGAUUGAACGAUUGAAUGAAUUCGAGAGAAAAUUGAAUGUUAAUAAUUUAGUUAUAAGUAAAUUUCCCAAGUAUCGAGAAAGUUAUGAAAGGUUAUUAAACGGAGGUCGAGAAAUAUUUAAGGAAUUGAUACAAUUUGCCGAGACUAAGAUUAAUAAAGUUGAAAAAAUUAAUGAAAGAACCAUACCAGAAAUAACUGUUGAAUUAAUAUCAAGAGAACGGAAAAUAAGUGAAUUCAAUAAAGCAUUAAACAUUUUGAUUAAAGGUAGUAAAUUAGGAGGAUGGCUUGAUAUCAAACCAAACGGGGUUAAGUUUGUCAAUGUUUAUACUUCAGUUGUUCCAAUUACUCCGGAAUCAGGAAUUGAUGAAACCAGUAGUGAAUUUUUAUUACUGAGUUACUUUAGUGAUUUAAUUGAUUGUAUAAUGAUUAAUAUUGAGAUUGGAAUCAAGAAUAAUAAUUCCAAUAAUAGUGAAAUGAUGAAAAAAUCAACCCAAGGAUUUCAUUUAAUUAAAAAUAUGAUACUUAUUGAAAAUAUAAUAAGUCGAUCAAAUUUGUUAUUUACAAGUUUAGGCAGUAUUGGGAUUGAAAGAAUAAAUAAAUUGAAAAAUCGAUUUUUGAAAUUAUUCUUAGAUGAUUGGAACUAUGCAUCAUAUAUUAUUAUUAGAGAUAUGACUGCAAUUACAACUACUAAUGCAAUGAAUUCAAAUAAUAGUAGUGGGUUUAGCAAUAAAGAAAGAGAACAAAUUAAAGAAUUAUUUAAAAAUUUCAAUGAAUCUUUUGAAGAGGCAAUUAAAAAUUAUGAAAAAUUUAGUAUCACCGAUAAUAGUUUAAGAAAUUACUUGAAGAACGAAAUCAAAAAAUUAAUCAUUAAUGCUUAUUUUAAAUUAUAUGAUAAAUACGGUCAAAGUGAUUUCACUAAAAAUAAACCAAAAUAUGUGAAGUAUGAUAAACAACAAUUUGAAAACAUCCUAAAUCAAAAAUUAUAA